CACCGACCUCAUCUCUGAUCGGACCGGGACUCACACCGACCUCAUCUCUGAUCGGACCGGGACUCACACCGACCGUCAUCUCUGUUCGGCCCGGUACUCACCACCACACAGCUGAGAGUGCCGGCGGGCGGGUCCUGCACAGCUUUGAACCAGCACACCACCUGAAGACCUCCUCUCUGCAUCCUUCAGUUGGAGUAAAGCAGUCCCCGGUGAUCAUCCAGAGAGAUAUCAGAAGAUGGAAGGGCAGCAGCAAAAGCAGGUAACAGGUUAUCUCCUGUUCUCUCUCGGCACCGCUGUCAUCGGCUCUCUGCAGUUUGGUUACAACACAGGAGUCAUCAAUGCUCCGGAGCAGAAAAUACGAUCUUUCUUCAACGAUACCUGGGUCGAGCGUUAUGGCGCACCCAUCGACAAGGGGGUCUGUACCCUCGUCUGGAGUGUCGCCGUCUCCAUCUUCAGUGUGGGCGGCAUGGUGGGCUCCUUCAGUGUGGGCGUCAUGGCAAACCGAUUUGGCAGGCGUCGCUCCAUGUUCCUGGUGAACGUCCUGGCGGUGAUCGGCGGCCUCCUCAUGGGCUUCUCCACCAUCUGCAACUCCUAUGAGAUGGUGAUCGCUGGUCGCCUGGUCAUCGGCCUGUUCUGCGGUCUCUUCACCGGCCUGACCCCCAUGUAUGUGGGCGAGGUGUCCCCCACUCCCCUCCGAGGAGCCUUCGGGACUCUUCACCAGCUCGGUGUGGUGGUGGGCAUCCUGAUCGCUCAGGUCUUUGGUCUGGAGGCUCUGCUGGGCUCAGCUAAGCUGUGGCCCCUGCUGCUGUCCCUCACCGUGGCCCCGGCGGUGCUGCAGUGCAUCCUGCUGCCCUUCUGUCCCGAGAGCCCUCGCUUCCUGCUUAUCAACCUCAAACAAGAGGAGCAGGCCCGCAAAGCUCUGGUGCGUCUGCGUGGCAGUGAGGAUGUGAGUAAAGACCUUCAGGAGAUGAAGGAGGAGAGCGUCAAGAUGGCCAUGGAGAAGAAGGUGACCAUCCUCGAGCUGUUCCGCUCGCCGGCGUAUCGACAGCCUCUCCUCAUCGCCAUCAUGCUGCAGCUCUCUCAGCAGCUGUCAGGGAUCAACGCCGUGUUCUACUACUCGACAGGCAUCUUUGCCUCAGCCGGUGUGAAACAGCCCAUCUACGCCACCAUCGGAGCCGGCAUCGUCAACACCGUCUUCACCGUUGUUUCUCUCUUCCUGGUGGAGAAGGCUGGACGAAGGACUCUGCACCUCCUGGGAUUGGGUGGGAUGGCGAUCAGUGCUCUGCUCAUGACCGUCUCCCUCCUGCUGAAGCACUUUGCCGUCAUGAGGUACAUGGCCAUCAUUGCCGUCAUGCUGUUUGUGGCUAUGUUUGAGAUGGGCCCCGGUCCAAUCCCAUGGUUCAUUGUGGCCGAGCUGUUCUCCCAGGGGCCCCGCCCGGCCGCCAUGGCUGUGGCCGGCUGCUGCAAUUGGACCGCCAACUUCCUGGUUGGAAUGAGCUUCCCCAAACUAGUGGAAUGGAUGGGUCCUUGGGUCUUCCUCAUCUUCACCGGCUUCCUCAUCCUGUUCUUCAUCUUCACCUUCCUUAAAGUCCCAGAGACGAGGGGCAAGACCUUCGACGAGAUCGCCCAAAGCUUCGGCAGCGGCCAACCUCCCACCUCCUCGUCUGUCGAGGACCCUCCUGCCAGCGCCAGCACCGCCACGACGCUCCCCGCCUCACCGGUGAAGGAGAAGGUCCCGCUGGUGCAGGCGCCGGCGGCAGCAGCUCCGCCUCCCACCGCAGCUGAAAACACGCCUCUUGAUGAUAAAUCCAAAUCGACAGAGCAGGAGAGUAUGUAGAGCAGCUGUAGGUAGAGUAUAACGGGUGAACGGAGGUUAAAAAUGAAGGAAGAAUCACAGAGAUCUAAAAAAAACAAUGUUAAUUAUCACACCAUGGAAACUAUAUACAUUUAUAAUAGACCUACAGAGAACGACAGCAUCAUCAAUUUAUAGGCUUUGACCUUUAAAAGGUCACGCUUUCUGCUUUUACGUAGACUUCGUAUUUCUUUGUGACAUUCCUAGGAAUUAAGCUACAUUCAUUAAAAGGGUGAGUCUUUUUCAAGACAGCUGUGUGUCUAGUCAGGACGACACUUUUCCAACACGGCAAACGUCCGGUUGUGUUGUCGGGUAACGGUCCAGAUGAAACGUCCAUCACUGCAGACUAGAGGCAGAGUGUGUUGACAACGGCGCAGCCUUUGUGCAGGUGUUUCCAGAUGAGUCCAUCCACUUCUGAGUUCAGGUCCAUGUAGUGUGAGUCAGGCGACAUGGAUCAAGAUGAUGCACUUUCUUUUUAAUUCACGUAUUCCUGUUUUUAAAGUUCAGACAGGCGUUUUAGUGGACAUUUUGGUGCAAUAUAGCUUUGUAGUUUCAUCUAUUUAAUUAUGUUUGAACUGUUAAUUCUUGUUGAUGUUUUCGGAGGAGUUCUCACAGGUCUGAGAAGGGAUUUAUUUUAGAUGUAUGCUCUGCCUUCAGCGGUUGACUAUGAGCUGACUAACCGGAGAGCUUUUUAUAGCAAAGCCAAAGUACUGAACUUUAACUGCCACCUUGUGACACGUAACCUUAAAUGUGUUUCUACUGGUUGUUAAAGUCAAGGUGAGAAAUUAGCAACAGCCACAGGUCUCAAGUUGAAUUAUUCUGAAAGCUAUAUUGGUGAUUAAAGCUGUAAUCCACAAAUUGAUUUAACUUGAUUUAGUUUAAUGCCACCCUUCAAUGAAGUUCAGUUAUUCCGAACAAACAAGAUUUACUGUGUACCAGAGAGUUUUGUUAAAUAAUAACUUUCAUGAACUUGUCAUUGGUUGAAUUUCUAUUCUGAUUUAUGAAUAGGUAAAUAUGUAAAGGCAAAGAGAUACUCAUUUGUUGUCAAGUCUUGUGGAUUAUUGCUUUACUGUAUUGGAAAAAUGACUGUGGCUUAUGAAUUUUAGGACUUUCUAGUGACCUGUGGACAAAAACAUGUUGGCUGAAUUGUUUUGUAGAUUACAGUAGGGUAACGUGCAAUGUAUAUUUUAUUUUGUUGAAGAAAAAAAUAGUAUUUAUUAACUUAGAAAUUGAUUUUUGUAUAAAGUAUAUAAUUAUAGUACACUAAAGCAAAUUUAGGAUCGUAAUGCUUUCCAGCCCCGAGUAAUGAAAGCUGAAUGGGUCUGUGGUGGAGUAAACCUCCACAUCACAUCUGUUAGUCUCUAUUUAGAUGCACUUUGUUAACCUGAUAAGCAGCGAAGCGAGCAUUACAGCCGAAAUCACUAAUGUAGAGGUCAUUGAACACAACAGCGCUUUGUGUCCAAUUAACAGAAUCAUAAUUCAAACCUGUAUUUACCUGAGCGACUGCGUAUAUCUGGCCGAGCUGUUAUUAGAAUAGAUAGGAGUCGUAUAAAAUGUGCAAUCAAUAAAGAAACUGCAGGCUAAACAACGUAGGAGCUGAUAAAGGGGAAGUGCUAAUACGACAAGUAGAAACAAAGGGAAUAACUAAUCGGGUUCAUUUAUAUGAUUUUAUCUUUAUUAUUGUUUCACAUCUUCACGAAGGGAGAAGUGACGACUAUGACUACCGUAAUGUCUUGACCUCUAUGAUAAUCUGAGAUAAACAAGGAAGGUCAUUCCAAAAUGAGAAACAAGACUCUUUUUAUGAAAUGAGUGGCAUCCACAGAUUAAUCUUAUGAAACUACCAUAACUUAUUUCAUGCUGUGUUCUAUCUUCAUUUACUCUGACCCAGUAGCAUAUAUACUGAUGGUUACUAGAUGGUAAUGGUAAUAGACCAUUCAUUUUAGCAUGCCAGUUUUGAGCAGAGGCCUGAGCCAGAGGUUAGGCAUAGGUUUUAGUUUUUCAUAUAAUAUUCAAAAGCAGAGUGUUUUUGACAAGAAUGAUUUACUUUUUUUAGUAAUUUAAAAGGUCAAAAAUAAUGAAGCUUAGCAUUCUUGCUGCCAACUGAAUGCUAAGUUAUGGAAAUUAGACGAUUUAUAGACUAGUUUAUACCUGUUUUCUUUUAUUUACCAAAACCUUUUUUCUGUUAGCUAUGUUAGCUAUCUUAUGCUAUGUUCACACUACGAGCGUCAAAAGCAACAUAACGGUCGGCGUGGACAGCUACAUUGUCGGCGCGUCACCGUUUCAGCGUUACUCAAUCACUCGUUGGCGUAGUUAUGUCGUUGAAUAGCACUGGGAACUGGCAUUUCUUUAGAUGGAGCGAAACAGAUUGAAACAAAAACCUCUUUUUUUUACGCUUCACCACUUUACUGGAGCUGAGACCAGCUCAACUUUAUAGCGCGUCACGCCCGUCAUGCAGCGACAAGUGUUGUCCGUCAGUUUGUAGCUUCAUGUUAGCGGCUUCAAUUGAAAAUGACUUCUAGCCUGUUGAUGUGUUGCUCGUAGUGUGAACACAGCAUUGUGCUCCAAAAACUGCAGUAUUCUUUCAAUCAUUCAUUUGGGUGUUUCACUAUGGUAAUAUUCAGAAAACAGAAGUUUCAAAGCUCUUUAGUUCCACCUUCUGGUCUUUAACUCUAACAACAGAGACUCAGCCUCCAGAGCAGAGCAAACUGGAAACUGACUCUUGGAAAUCAUUAACUUAAACUAAAAUCUGCCUUCAAGUCAAAAUUAUGAAACACAUUUUUCUUAAAAAUAUAAUUUUGGUGUAAAACUCUCAGAUGUGCAAACUUGUUCCAUGUGUUUCAGAAUGCUGAUAUGACAUGUUGUUGUGAAGAAUUUCAAGUUUUGUAUGACAUUUAAAGCCCAAAUGCACUGAACGCGUCAUUAUAGUGACAAUAACAUAUUAAAAGGCCAGUGUGUAGCAUUUCAGGGGAUCUGUUAGCAGAAAUAAAAUAUAUUAUUCAUAACUAUGUUUUCUUUAGUGUAUAAUCACCUGAAACUAAGAAUGGUUGUUUCCGUUACCUUAAAAUGAGUCCUUCAUAUCUCCAUAGGGAGCAGGUCCUCUUCACAGAGUCCUCUGACACACUUGGAAAGGGAAGGUUGAGCUGACGGGUGUUCAGUUGGUUGCAAUCUGCAACCUCACCACUAGAUGCCACUAAAUCCUGCACAUUGGUCCUUUAAUUAUAUAUGUAAUAUAUCCUAACAUGGAAAUACCUAUUUAAAUAAUAAUUAAAUUGAUAAUAGUUCCUCCAUAUACCACAAAAAAACAUCCGGCACUCAAAAUCAGACGCUUCCGGUGUAUUUCUGGCUUUAUUAGUCGGGUACAGAUGUUGUCUACGUUGUGACGCUUUGUCUGAAAUCUAUUGUCAACUUUUACAUAAUUAUGCAUUACCAACAUUGUACAGUACGUUUGUUUGGUGUAUAAGUGUAUGACACAAAGUAUAUUUUCUAUAUUCUGUAGUGACUGUAGUUGUGAAAAAUGGCUUUUUCAACAACAGUAAUUCAUGCUGUACUUUGAGAACAUAUUUAUUUAUUUAUUUAUGUAUUUAUUAUUUAUUUUUUUGGCUACACUGGGAAGAUAUUUAUCUUGACAAGUGAUUCAAGUGAUUGAUGCUGCAGUGUAACAUUUGAUUGGAGUGAUCUGCCUUGUUUUAAAACACUGACUGAUAAGUAGAUUUGAAAACAUGUG